AUGAAUUCCGUUGGAAUUGUAGGUAGACAAAGCUACCAUGUCUUCUUGGUAUUCUGUGCAUGUGUUUAAUUGAAUAUUUGGUUGUUUUUUGUUUUGUCACCACAUUUAACAUCACCCUGACUUGUUUUUUGUACUUGAAGCUCUUGAAAAUUGCAAAAUGCGGCUGGGUUAGUUCAACUUAUUAGUCGAUGUACAUCUAUCUUAUGGCUGUUACUUUUGCCCAAGAGCUAUUUUGGAUAUUGUUAGAGCAAUCAGGGGUCUUGUAAGAGAAAUUGUUGGGUUUUGUGAAAUUUUUAUGAAUACUUUUUUAUUUUUGUACUCAUUAAUUUCGACUAUACCUACAUUGUGUUAGACCAUAACUAUGCUAAGUAGUUGUACAUAUCAGCCCCGUAUUCUGAUGCCAACGCUUUAGUCACCAAAACCUGAUUCAAAUUGUUGUAGAGUUUGCAACCGUGUGUGUUUUUCCCGCGACCUGAUUCAGCCUUAUAUUAGUCAUGAUUUCGUUUCAGACAGUGGCCAUUCCAACCGCUUCCUCACCGUCUUCAGCCGAGGUGGAUCAGCCCAGCUUCAGUAGCCACUUCGGAAGCCAGCCCAGCUCGAGUGAAAGUUUCAGUAGCCAAACUGGUACAGGCUUUAAUAGUUCAAGUCGUAUUUUUGCAAGCUUGCCUAGUCAACCUUGUAGCCAGACUAGCAUAGGUAGCCAACCCGGUACUACUCCAGGCGUAGGACUUCAACCUGGUACACUAGCAAGUCUUGGUAACCAUACUGUACCAAGCUUCAGUAGCCAAAUUAACUGUUAUCCUGGUACUAGCAGUCAGCCUACUGGUCCUUUAAGCUACAUUAGUCAACCGAAUAAUUUCACAAACUUCAGUAGCCAACCUUCUAGUCAGUUGAGCCUGAGCAGCCAACCUGGUAGCCUACCAAUCUUCAGUAGUCUACCCAACAGUCAGCCGAUCUUCAGUAGCAACACUACUUUAACCACCGUACCCAGUACCACUCCCAGCACGAGUACCAACCAAGAACCAUCAACUAGUGCCAUGUUGUUCCCACCGGAAGACCUGACCACCUACAUGCAGGCCAUGCAGAACAACAACGACCUCGCCGCCUUCUUUCAACAUCAACAACAAGCCGCUGCUGCAUCGUCGUUGGCCGCCGCCGUGGCCGCGUGCCAAGCCCAGUCGACGAGUAAUGUCGCGGUAACGUCGAGCAGUGUAAAAUCACAAGCACCGCCCAUUUCCAUGCCUCCAAGCAUGCCCAAACCGCCUGGCUUCAAUUUAGCGUAAGGUUCACGAUACUUGGUGAGAUUAGAGUUGAGAGUUUGUAAUAAGGCUCAUAAUUGGCAGCUUAGAGCUGUAUAAUUAGGUAUAUAAUAACACUGUUAAGACUGUUUAUUAGGUAGAUAAUGACGGCUAAUAAUAGAGGAUGAUACGUAUAUUAUCAUCAGUAGACUGACGGUUACAAUCCCAAUAACACUCAUACCUACUUUCAUACCUAAUCAUCUACUUCUUUGUAAAAACUAAUAUCUAAUCAUCUCUUUCUUUGUAGAAACUCAUACCUAGUCAUCACGUUUGUACAAAUUCGUACCUAAUUACCCCUCUCUACUGUAACAACCAUUAAUUACAGGUAAUAAACAUUGUUUUAGACCCAUUAAUGACGUCGAGAUGAUGAAGUUUCUCCACAACCCCACCCUCGUCACACCCAAGCCCGUCGGCCCUCUACCCACGCCCGACAAACCAAAACCGAAAGAAGCCGCGCGACCUACAGCAUCACCGUCACAGAUCCUCAACGGCAUAUCGUCGUCGCCAUCACACAUAGUGAACGGACUGAAAAGAUCACAGCCCGGCACAGGACUGCAGUCAUUAGUAAGAAGCCUUAUAAUUAGUGGGAUUACUUAGACGGCUGGCUGUAACUUACAAGUGCGUUAGAGAAAAGUUAGUCAUAGGUUGUGAAGUUACUAUUCCUAGUCGUAUGUAGUAAAUAAAGAAGUUAAUAGGUUUAAAUAAAGAAGCGCAAAGUUAGUUCAAAAAUUUUCGUGUUCAAUUAAUUCUGUGCCUCCAAACCAUUGUUUUAAAGGGGGCAGAAAUUGUUUUAAAGGGGGCAGAGAAUUAUUUAAACAACGUAAUAUCCCAACUAACCAUCUAACUUUUAGCAAGAACAACUAGUCUCCUCGAUGAACGGCCCCCCGCCCGCCAAACGACACUCAAUCUCCGCCAUGCCCACCGGCCCUUCUCUACCCCAAAACGGUCUUCUCAUGUCCGCACCCCAAAUGAACCCCCAGUUCGCGGCGGCGGUCGCAGCUCAACAAAUGUCGAUGAACAAACUCAACAUGCCACCGGCUGGAAUGUUGGGAAUGCCAGGAAUGCCACCUUUCAUGCCAAAUGCUAGACUGAAUGGCGACGCACCUCAACCCAAUCUGCUUAAUGUGCCAGGCCAAAUGAAUCCAAUGAAUAUGCAAAAUUUGCAACAAUUCCUCUUUCAACAACAACUCAUGCAACAACAGCAACAACAACAACAAGCCGCGGCAGCUAAAGGGCAAGUGCAGCCAAAAUUGAGUGGUACGGCACAGCAUCAUCAGAACAUUCAACAGCAGCACGCGAAUUGGAUGCAGGCCAAGUUUCUGGCCGAGCAGCAGCAACAACAACAGAGGAUUGCUCAGCAACAGGUGAGUCUUGAUGAAAGUUUUUUAAACACCUGAGCCUUUUAGAUUGUUCUUUAGCUAAAUUAUAAUACCUUUUGAGUAUAUUAUAGUAGUUGUUGAAGCCUAAUUUCAAGUCUGCUGCCCUAAGUUAAUGUAGCGCUUUAAUACCUAUUUUUGUCCCAAAUCCUAACCUACGCAGUCCAAUAAACUCGACAUUUAGCAUGCAAAUGAAAUUAUGCAAAAAACUCAUCGUCGCUAAUCCAGUUUCCAAUUGGUUUAGGCGGCGUAACCGGAUUAGGCGACCUGAAUGCCAAAUGUUUUGGAAAUUAGGUUUUUGGACAAAAAACAUGACCCAAAUCGAAUUAGUUUCAAUUAUUCGAGCGUCCAAUUUAAUUAUUAAGCGGUGGAAAAAAAACAAGUUCGAGAACUGUAAUUAGGUAUGCCCGAAAUAGUAGGUAUACAUCAACAGGUGGCCACUCGUGAGAAUUGUUGAUUAAGGGGGGAGGAAGAUUUUUAAGUUCUAGGGCAUAUUCUAACGUGUUCCUCUUCAAGUUUUUUUUUCAAAUUGAAAAUGUUGGACUUAGCCCUCCCCAUCGAAAUCAAAAAUUAGCAAAAAAUUUUACCCCUCCCCUCUAUUUGGUGCAAAUUCCUAUCCUAAUAUGCAGCACAAGUAUUCAGACCAUUUAAAACUUCAAACUCUUGAAAUAUAAAGUAUUUGAAUACAAAAACCUAUGAAACCCAAUGUAUAUGCAUAUUCAUAGCCUUUAUAGUGGUUUAAACAACAUUAUGGUGAUAUCACUUUGUUUUGAAAACCCAAGGCUACAAUCUGUUCUUUUUUCAAAGACAGAGACAUUAAUAACAUUAAGACAAACACACAUAACUAUAUUAGGUAUCUAAAAACCCUGAAACCCACAAAGCAUAACCCAACAACCUCAAAAUCUUGCCUAAAUUACCCUAACAUUUCAGCAACAACAACGAAUGAACGGACAAUCCCCCAUCAUGAACCAAAUGCAACUCCUGCAACUAAUGCAACAACAACAAAGCCAGCAACCAUCCCAAGCCAACCCGCUCGCCCCCAACCCCGCCCUCCUCGCUCAACAUCAACAACUCAUGCAACUCCAACACCAACAAAUGCUAAUGCAACAACAGAAUCAGCAACAGCAGCAACAAACAGAGCAACGUCGUCGUGCCCAAACCAUUGGAAACGCUAGCCAGCUAAGUGCCCUACAUCAACAACAAAUACCAUCGAUAACGUUGGGGCAAGGUAUGGCCGCGCAACCAAUAGUACCAGCUAUACCAACAGCUCUAACGCCGUUUGGGUCACUGACACCUCAGCCAACUCAAGCAGCUGUUUCACCGGCUUUGUCUAAUCAUAAUGAGCAGAUGAGUCAGGCGGUAGCGACAACAGUGGCUAGUUCACCAGCUGAAGCUGCGGCUGCCAAUCCGCCUACGCUACAGCCGGAACAGGCCGCGCAGACUAGUCAGGAGAUGCUGCAGGUAAGAAUAAUAUAGGGUUUUAUCUAUGAAUGUUUAGAAAAGAGAUUUUUUUAAACAAGGUAUCAUAUCACUUCAAACCCCAAUAUUAUCCACCCCUUUUUAGAAAAUCUUAGCUAACUACCCAAUGAUGGACCCCAACUUCCUUCAACAACUAGCUCAAGCCACCGCCGCCGCCCAAAACAAUCCUCAGAUCACGGUGACAGCGGCUUCAGAAGUCUCUAAUGACACCGUAUCGGUUGCUAAUCUACUGGCUCCCCAAUCUCAUUCCGUGGAUUCAGCUGCGCCCACGACUAGAGCCGGCUCCACCAAUCCCAGUCAACCAGAUGGCGACAGUGAUAAGAAUGAGUCGGGAUUAGUGAUAGCUGAGGAGGAGGAUAACCCGGUAGUUGAUUAG